GUUUGUCGUCACCGAGCACAGCAAAAAAAACCCGCGGCAUAGUUAGGGAUGCAGCCAGGAGAGGAAAACAAGGAUUUUCGCAAUACAUUAAUUAAACUGCCACUGCCUUAGGAAGCCAAGAUGGUUACCAGGACACGCUUUUACGUUGUUACUGAAUCGAUCAGCGAACACAGAUAAGUCUGCUCGCUGUAUUUCAUCUCCAUGGCAACAAGCAUGGAAGGCCAAGAGGUGACUCCAGCAAGAAUUUGGAAGACCCCCAAUGAUGUAACAGUGAAUGAUGAGUAGUAUCUACUGUGGCAACUCUUCAGCUAAGAUGAGUGUCAACGAAGUAUCAGCUUUUUCAUUAACUCUGGAGCAAAAAACUGGCUUUGCUUUUGUGGGGAUUUUGUGUAUCUUCUUGGGACUUCUCAUUAUCAGAUGCUUCAAAAUCCUGUUAGACCCAUACAGUAGCAUGCCUUCCUCUACAUGGGAAGAUGAAGUUGAAGAGUUUGAUAAAGGAACUUUUGAAUAUGCCCUGGCAUAAGAGUUCCAGCUUUGUGAUUUUUAUGGUUCUGCCAUUGGGGCACUGGUGGAUGUAUUUGUAAUUACCACGAAUGUGCUAGAGGGAGGCUUAUUUCAUUGACUGAGUUCAAUAAACACC